AUGCCAAAGGAAACUGAACCAGCUGCCAAGAACUUUAAAGUCGAAGAUGUUAAAGAUACUGUUGCUUCUGACACUAAUAUCGUCAAGCCAAAGAAGAACCCAGUCACUGCUAAGCCAUCCAAGGUUCCAACGAAAGCACCAGCUAAGUCUACUGCCAAAAGUGACACUUGUAAUGAUGUCGAGUACGUUGUCAUGAUCGAUGCUGGAUCAACUGGUUCUCGUGUUCACGUCUAUGAAUUCAACACAUGUACCCAACCACCAAAACUUCUCAGUGAAGCUUUUGAAAUGCUCAAACCAGGAUUAAGUUCAUUUGACACUGAUACCGUCGGUGCUGCCAAGUCCCUCGAUCCAUUAUUGAAAGUAGCCUUGGAAAAAGUUCCUGUUACUAAGCAAAAAUGUACUCCUAUUGCCGUAAAAGCCACUGCUGGUUUAAGAUUACUUGGGGAAACUAAGUCCAAUGCCAUCUUGGCCGAAGUUAGACGUCAUUUAGAAGAAGAUUUCCCAUUCGCUGUGGUUGCAGAUGAUGGCAUUUCCAUCAUGGAUGGUAGAGAUGAAGGUGUCUACGCUUGGGUUACUGCCAACUACUUAUUAGGUAACAUCGGAAAUGAAAAGAAGUUGCCUACUGCCGCCGUGUUUGACUUGGGUGGUGGUUCUACUCAAGUUGUUUUUGAACCUCAAGAUGGAGAUUUAUUACCUGAAGGUGAACAAAAGUACAAGUUUACCUUUGGAGAUGACGUAUUCACCUUGUAUCAAUUCAGUCAUUUGGGUUACGGUUUAAUGCAAGGUAGAAACAAGGUCAACAGUCUUGUUCUUAAACGAAAGCUUGAAGACUUGACUCUUACCAAAUACACUCGUGCUACUGCUAAAGAUGCUGUUGCAACCGUGUCCGUUCCUAAUCCAUGUAUCCCACCUGGAACCGUGGCCAAGAACGUUGUUGUUGAAAUUUCUGAAGAUGAAGUUUAUGUUGUUAACAUGAAGGGUCCUUCUGAUACUACUUUAGGUUCAGCACCAGGUGCUCAAUGUCGUGCUCUUGCCGAACAAAUCUUGAACAAGGAAGCCACCUGUGAAACCAAGCCAUGUUCAUUCAAUGGUGUUCAUCAACCAUCUCUCACCAAGGGAUUUGCCCGUAGUUCAGACAUGUAUGUGUUUUCAUAUUUCUAUGACAGAACUCAUCCAAUUGGUAUGCCCCAAUCAUUCACCGUGGAAGAAUUACUUGACUUGAGUAAGGUUGUCUGUAACGGAAACUCCGACACCUGGAGUGAUGUUUUCCUUGAUGACCAUAUUAAGGAAUUAAAGGACGAACCACAGUGGUGCCUUGAUUUAUCCUUCAUUACUGCUAUGUUACAUACUGGUUACGAAAUUCCACUUGAUCGUGAAUUGAAGACUGCUAAGAAAUUAGAUGAUAAUGAAUUGGGUUGGUGUCUUGGUGCUUCUUUGCCAUUGUUGGAUAAGACCAACUGGAAAUGUAGAAUUGAUCCAGUUAGUAGUUAA